UGUAUAUGUACUUUUAAUAAGGAAUACUUACAGCCACAGAUACACGAUGUACAUAGAGAAAUGUAUCUCGUGAGAGAAAUUAUUUCUAUCAUGGCAGAAACCACAUCCUUAGACUAUCAUGGUAGAAACUUUCUUGAGAAUUUAGACUAAUUUUAGGUUAGAUUAUGAUUAGAAUAAUGACAUUUUAAAUUUUUCAAUCAGUAAAUUCUAUUUAUAUUAUGAAAUUAUGGUUUUUAAUUUUUAUGACAAAUCAAGAUAGGCCAUCUUGUUAUUAUGUAGUGAUAAAGAUUAUUUAUUUAACUUACAGUACUUAUUCUAUUCUGUGUAUAUACGUUGGUUUUAUUUUUGAAUUACAAUUUUUUUCCAUGGUCAUCCAUCCAUAGUUAAUAUAAAACUAUUUAGUAUUUACAUUGACAAGUAAAGUACAAUUUCAUUGAUUUUCAGUAAUAUUUAAUUGUUUUUGGAAGAUUGAUUAUUCUAUUUAGUAGUAUUUGCAAUGUUAUUUUAUGUUUAGUUCACAAUAUAAAUACUUAAGUGUACCUAUUCUACAAAAAAUGUUUUAUUACAGGUGAAGACUACAACAAGACUUGCAUUAAUCAUUAUUUUAUAUAUAUUUCACAGUUAUGGAUUCAUAUGAUAUUGUUGGUGUGCUUGGACGUGGUGCCUUUGGGUAUGUUUUAUUGAUAAUAAUAUUCAUAAUCACAGCAUUAAAUUAAUUAUAACCCUUAAUAAUUGACAGAGCUGGAUUAAAUAUGGAAUAAAUAGACUAUAGCCUCUGAACAAAUUUUUUUUUGUAAUUUUUCUAAAAUUACUUCAUUUAUAGAACAAUAUACUAACAAUUAAACAAACAAUUAAAAACAAAAAAACUUUAUGUAAACAUUAGUACUUAAAAACUACUAAAUUAGUUAAUAAAUAUAAAUUAGAUAUAUAACAGCCCAGCAAGAAAAAUUACAAAACUAAAAAAUGCUGUAGUUGAGAAAUAGCUAGGUUAGGACUCUAAGACACUGUUCUUGCCAUAGUGAACAUGAAUAGUUAGUUUAAUUGUAAAAUUGACACAAAUGUUCUAUUUCGGUUCAUUUGUGAGUUAGAGAUUUGACAUUUUUUCUGAAUUUAAUGUCACACAAUACUUAUUUAUUACUUAAAUAACAUAAAAUUAUAAUUUUAAGUUGUCAUUUUUCUGACUGGUGUUAUAUAUAUAUGUAUAAGUAAUAUAUUUAUUUAUUGCAAAAUUAUUGCAUCUAAAAAUGAUUUAACCCUGGAUCACUAAUUUAUUUAAUCCGGCUCUGAUAAUUUGAGAAUAAUUAUUAAUUAAAUAAUUUUAAUUUAUAAAUAUUCAUUUUUAGAGUUGUUGAACUAGUUCGGGACUUUAAUUUAAAAAAAUUAGUCGUUAUGAAAACUAUACACAUAAAGUCUAUAUCAACAGAAGAUGUAAAGGUAUAAAAUAAAUUGGUAUAAAUCAUUUAAAUUUAUUCGUUUUAACACAUCUCUUCUGAAUGUUUUUUUUUUUUUAGGAAGCAAUCAAAGAGACGCAAAUUCUUCAAAUGCUAAACCAUCCAAACAUUAUUAGAUAUUAUAAUAGUUUUCAAAAUAACCAAAGUUUUCACAUUAUAAUGGAGUAUGCAACACACGGAACCCUAGAAAAUUUUGUUUAUAAAUGUUCUUUAUCUUCAAAUCAUAUUGUCCAAAAUGUAUCUGUUAAUUUUUGAGUAACUAUUUAAAGCUUAUUUCUAUUAAUUCAUGUUUUAAAUUUGUCUAGUGCGUUUUAAAUAUAUUCAGCCAGUUGACAACGGCUGUGGACUACCUUCAUAAAAUAAAGAUUAUACAUCGUGAUAUUAAUCCAAUGAAUAUUUUACUAACAGGAAGUCAAGGUACAGUAGUAAAACUUGGUGAUUUUGGUGCUUCUCACAUAUUAACUAGGUAAAUAGUGUCUGAUAAAUAUUUAACUUAGGAUCAUCCUAAUUUAUACAUUUUAUAUUUAGUGACAAAGUAGUAAAUGGAAAUUAUUGUACACCAUGUUAUAUGUCUCCAGAACAGUGCUGUGGGAAGUAUUUAAGAUUAAAAAGUGAUAUAUGGCAAAUUGGUUGUGUUUUAUAUUAUUUAAUUACCAUGAAACAUCCUUUUUAUGGCCAAGUAAAAAUUAAUUGGUGUUACUAUAUUAUGGUUUUUUAUAUAAAUUGGUUUAUUGAAUUUAACUAUUUUUUUAUUUUUUUUUUAAUUAUAUAAAGAGUUUAGCAGACACAGUUUCGAGUAUUAUGGAAGGAGUUUUGCAUCCAUCAGUUAAUUUUAAUUAUUAUGACAAUGACAUAAUUAAACUUUUAUAUGAAUUAUUGAAUCGCGAUCCAACAAGUCGACCUAAUGCAUCAGCUAUACUUUCACAUCCAUUUAUACUACCAUAUAUAUUAAACGGCAAUUGCCAUUGGUUUAAAUCAAAUAGAAGAGUUUUAAAAUAAACAGUGAUUUUAUAUGACGCAAAUAUUCUUACAAUUGAUAUUAAAAAUAAUAUUGUGCUUUUAAAAACCUUAUUGUUUAAGACAUAUAGUUAAAAAUUUAACCACUAAAAUUGAGAAUUGAUUUAUAUUUAUUUUAUUAUUUAC